AUGGCACAACGAGCAAACGGAAACGGCGCGGACGAUGAUGCAUGUUACCCCGGAGCAGAGGGUGCAACACAACGGUUCAGCGAUUUUGUCGCGAAAACCAAGUACGAAGACAUCCCGCCACAAGCAAUCUCCAAGCUGCUGGAUCUAAUCAUCGACCACAUUGGCGUCGGGGCAGGCGGCGGAGCUCAGUCGGAAUCAAGCAGCCACAUUCUAAAGGCGAUCGAAGCCUUCUCAGAGGGCUCUGUCGGUCAAAGCACGGUAUACGGCAAAUCAAACGCUUACCCAAAGCACAUCGCAGCGUUGCUGAACGGCGCAUUUGCUCACUCCUUCGACUUCGACGAUACCCUAGCAAUCGGCAUCAUCCACACGGGCGCGAGCGUCAUCCCGGCAGCUAUAGCACAGGCUGAAGCCUCCGACGCCUCGGGGCGUUCGCUGUUGACGGGGCUUUCCGUUGGCUACGAGGUGGCUUCACGCCUCGGCCGCGCCCUGUCGUCGGGUGGCUAUCCAAGAGGCUUCCACAACACCGCCACGGCCGGCAUCUUUGGAGCGGUGGCGGCCAUCAGCAACAUCAAAGGCCUGACGUCAGACCAGGUCUACAACGCGUUUGGGCUAGCCGGUUCCAAGGCCGCGGGAUCGAUGCAGUUCCUCGAUAACGGGUCGUGGAACAAGAGGCUUCAUCCCGGGUUCGCGGCGCACGACGCCUUUCUUUGUGUCGCGCUCGCGGAGGCUGGCGUUACGGGCGCGUCGCGUGCCAUUGAGGGGAAAUGGGGCUUCUUGCAGGCAUAUUCGACAAAGUCGAAUGCCACCGGUCUGACGGAUAACCUGCGCUCCGACUGGCUUUUCCCCGCGACCGCGCUGAAGCCUUUUCCUGCUUGCCGGUUCACGCAUACCGCCAUCGAACUGACCGCGAAGGUCGCGGCGGAGACGAAGUCACGGAGCCUUCCGGAGAAUAUCACCGUCUUUGUGCAUCCUUCAGGCUAUGAUAUCAUCGGCCGGCCGAGUCCAAACAAGCUCCAUCCCGAGACCACUGUCGACGCUCAGUUUAGCAUGAAAUACCAAGUCGCCUGUGCGUUUUUGUUCGGUAGUGAGAUUGGCUGGAGUGUUUAUGAGCCGGAGAAGAUGAAGGACAAGCGGGUUGCGGAUCUUUCCGAACGGAUCGAUGUCAUUAUCGACGAGGGCUUGAAGGAGGAUUUCGAGGUGAGGAUGUUGUUCAAACUAGAUGGCGGAGCUGAGAGGGAAGAGGCUAUGGUGUACCCACUGGGCGAAGUCGAACAUCCGUUCUCGACUGAGAAGGUUCGGGAUAAGUUCAGGGGUCUUGUUCGACCUGUGUACGACCAGGAUCGGGCUGAAAAGAUACUCAAAGCUGUGGAUAAUCUUGCCGAAGGGUCGUCCAGGGAUCUAAUCAAGCUUCUCUGA